UAUGGCAAACGUGUUCUUUGACGUCCAAUUUGGUGGAGAUGCUCCCAAGAAAAUUGUUUUCAAGCUCUAUGAUGACGUUGUUCCAAAGACAGCUGCUAAUUUCAGAGAACUUGCAACUGGAUGUACUUAUUUAUGUCUAUUAUUCAGCUAAGGGAUUUGGAUACAAGGGAUCCGUAUUCCAUAGAGUCAUCACAGAUUUCAUGGCUCAAGGAGGUGACUUCACAAAUUUCAAUGGAACAGGAGGAAAGUCAAUUUAUGGAGAAAAAUUUGCUGUAAAUAUCAUAUCCCAAUGAUUAGGAUGAAAAUUUCAAACUCAAACACACCAAACCAGCAAUGUUGUCAAUGGCCAAUGCAGGUCCAAACACAAACGGAUCCUAAUUCUUUAUUACAUUUGUCCCAUGCCCAUGGUUAGAUGGAAAGCAUGUAGUAUUCGGUGAAGUUGUCGAUGGAUUUGAUACCUUAGAAUUAUUCAAGAAAAGUAAAACUUAUUAUCAAUUGUAGAUUCAUCAUAAUAAGGUAAACCAAAAACAACAAUCAAAAUCGUUAAUUCAGGAGUAGUAUGAU